AUUAAUUUGAUUAGAAAUCUUUUUAAUAUAAUAAUAAAAAAAGAUAUACAACAAUUAGAAUAUCAUAAAUUAUAUACAAAGAUGAUUGAAUUAGAAUGUUCAAAUUUUAAUAUAGAUAAAGCUAUAAUAUAUUUUAAAGAAAUGAAAGAAAUAAGAGGAAUUGAACCUGAUCAUAUUUGUUAUCUUUCUUUAAUUAAUGGAUUCGCUAAAAUGGAUAUGAUGGAUAAAGCAGAGGAAUAUUUUAAUUUGAUGAUUCAAGAAAAAAUAUCACCAACAAUUGAAAUAUUUACAACUUUAAUUAAUCAUCAUUUGAGAUUAUUAAAUAUUGAAAAAUGUGAACAAUUAUUUCAAAUAAUGAAAUCUUAUAAUAUUAAACCAAAUAUUAUAACUUAUAAUGUAAUAAUACAUAAUUCAGUUAUUAAAUUAGAUAUGGAAACGGCAAUCAAAUUCUUUAAUGAAAUAAUUGAAUCAGGAAUUAAACCAGAUAUUGUGACAUUUUCAACAUUAUUAAAAGGAUAUCUUAAUGUAGGAGAUACUUUAAAAGCUUUGGAAAUUAAUAGAAUGUUACAUGAAUUUAAACAUUUUGAAAUACAACCAAAUCGUGCUUAUAAUGUACUUUUAAUGAAGGCUUAUAUUCAAAACAAGGAUUUUUUAAAUGCUGAAAAAGUAUUUCAAUCAAUAAUCAAUUCUAAUAUUAAAAGUUUAACAUUAUAUUUGAAAAUUUUAUUACAAAAAUCAAAAGAUAAAAAUUCAAUUUAUAGUUUAUAUAAGAAUUUCUUACAAGAUUUUGAUAAUUAUAAGUUCAAAUUCCCUCCUGAUAAUUAUUUUUUUACUAUAUUUAUUUCUUCUUUUGCUCAAAGAUUUCAAGAUAUGAAUUUGGCUAUUGAAUUAUUUGAAGAAAUGAAAAAACGUGAAAUUAAUCCUUCAAUUGUUACUUAUAGUAUAUUAAUUGAUGGUUUUGCUUUAAAAGGUCAAGUUGAUAAAGCUGUAGAAUAUUUUGAAAAUUUGAAAAAAGAUUCUAUUGAACCUAAUGUUUAUACUUAUACGAGUUUAAUUAAAGCUUGGGUUCAAGUAAAUAAUAAGGAUAAUGCGAAAAAGGUUUAUGAUGAAAUGAUUAAUAAAAAUAUUCAACCUGUUAGUGCCACUUUAAGAGCUUUACAAAAUCUUUCUCCCAAUACAAAACAAAGAAAUUUAAUCAAACGACCUUCAGAAUCACAGAGAGAAGCAUUUUAUUGGGCUGGUAAAUUAUGGAAAUCAAAAGAUAUUGAAACAGUUGAUGGAUUAUUUCAAAGUUUCAAAUCAUCCAUUUUAAAUUCUUCAGAUGUUGAUGAUGAACCAAAUGUUAAAACUUUUCGUUAUUUUAUUACUUGUUAUUUAUUUAAACAUAGAGAUUUAGCUCGUGCUUUAGAAGUUUUUAGAGAAAUGUUAAAAUUAAAUAUUAAACCUGAUUAUUUAUUAUAUUGUGAUUUUAUUAAAGGUUGUUGUAUGUUAGGUCAAUUUGAAAAAUCUAUUCAAUUUAUAGAAAUGAUGAAAAAUCAAAAUUUUGUACCAAAUGAUUAUAUUUAUUUUAAUCUAACAAAAGGUUGGAAAAAAUUAAGAAAUUUAAAGAGAAAGUAA